AUGGCGUCUGGGUCCGUCUACAUGUCGUCCAGUAUGGUGGGUAAGGCUCGCUCCUCCAACUUCACCCUGUCUGAGAAACUGGACCUGCUGAAGCUGGUCCGCCCACACAUUCGCAUCCUGGAGGAGCACACCAACAAGCACGCUGUCAUCGUGGACAAGAACAAGUGCUGGGACACAGUGUCUGAGCAGUACAACGUCCUGGGGGGGGACAGGCCCCCCCGCACUGCCCAGGGCCUACGCACCCUCUACAAGAGGCUGAAGGAGUCGGCCAAACAGGAAGUGAUGCAACGGAGACACGCCCAGCCAGAGUACAGAGGAAGUAUAUCUGAACCAACCAGGAGAGUGAUGGAGAUGAUACCUCACCUUUUCCAUCACGGAGCUAUCCACCAUGAUAAAGACCCAGCGACGAUGCACAGGAUGAUGUAUAAGCAUGACUCUCCCAUGGAGCAACCUGGCAGCAGCUCUUCCCUCCCAGACUACCCAUCAAACCCCGUCACCCACCACCUGGACCAGGAUGUGGUCAGGCUGGACCAGGAUGUGGUCAGGCUGGACCAGGAUGUGGUCAGGCUGGACCAGGAUGUGGACGUGAAGCCUCCGCCAGACCUGACCAUCCUCUCCACGCGUGUGGGGGUGGUGCUAGGAGAGGGGGCGGAGGAGGAAGAUGAGUUGGGCAGUGUCCAUGGUUAUGACGGCUCCCUCUCUCCCUGCCCAUCCUCCGUCGUCCUGCCCCUCUCCACCUCACCCGUUCCACUGCAACGUGACCUUUACCCUCAUGACCACUACCCCCGCCGUGACCCUGACAGGCUCCGUCCCCUUCAGCUGGCCAAGGAGGAGCACGAGCAGGUCAUGACCAAUCACAGAAAGAUGGGCGUAUACCUGGAGGAGAAGAGGGAGGGGCUAAAGAGGAAGCAGGAAUUGGAGGAGGAGCUUCUGAGAGCAAAAAUCAAAGUAGAGAAACUGAGGGCAGCCAGGCUGAGGCAUGGACUUCCACUGCCCCUAUAA